CUCCUCCUCCUCUCUCUCUCUUUUCUGAUUUCUCCCCCUCCCGAUCUUUACAAAAAGAACCCCGAUUCCCCACCUUUUGGUACCAUUGUCCCCGACCCCCUUCCUAUUAAAGGCCAUCUCCCAACAAGAUAGAGCUAGUACUAGCACUAGCACUGCGCCGCAGCAAUGGUGGCUUCCUCCGCCGCAUAAAUCCCCCCCACUCGCGGUUCUUGGCGUGCUCUCUCCUCGCGCGGGCGCGGACAUGGCGACACGGGAGCGGGAGCGGGAAGAGGACGCCUUCGAGUACGAGUUCGACCUCGAGAACCCCUUCACCAGCCCCGCCGACGAGCCGAUCGCCACCCUCCUCGACGCCGAGGGCUACCACUCGACCUCCGUCUCCGCCGCGGCCUCCGAUGCCCGCCGCGAUGCUGCCGGCUUCAUCUCCAAGGUAUCGGUGCGGUUCGGCGUCGAGCUCGCCGUGCACCCGCGCGUCGCCUACCUCGCGCUCAACUACGUGGAUCGCUUCCUCUCUAAGCGCCAAUUGCCCUUCGAGCAGCAGCCCUGGGUGCCGCGGCUGCUCGCCAUAAGCUGCCUCUCCCUCGCCGCCAAGAUGCAGCGCAUCGCCGCCUUCUCCAUCGCCGACAUCCAGAGGGAUGAGGAGUUCAUCUUCGACGCGGCGACCGUCCAGCGCAUGGAGCGCGUGGUGCUGGGCGCGCUGGAGUGGCGCGCGCGCUCCGUCACGCCGCUCGCCUUCCUCGGCUUCUUCCUCUCCGCGUGCUACCCGCCGCCGCGGCAUCCACCACAGGUCGUCGCUGCGGUCAAGGCACGCGCCGUUGACCUCCUCCUCCGCGCCCAGCCUGAGGUGAAGAUGGCGGAGUUCUCGCCCUCCGUUGCGGCUGCGGCGACGCUGCUCGCCGCCACCGGUGAGGUCGCCGCCGCGAACCUACCCGCGUUCCAAGCCGUCGUCGCCGCCUGCCCCUUUGUAAAUAGCGAGAAGCUGCGGGAGUGCGGCGAGGUGAUCGCAGCUGUGUGCGGCGUCGGGCCGGGGCGGGCCGCGGCGAGCGACGACACGCCGGUGACGGUGCUCGGGCACAACCGCAGCGCCAGCUCCGCCUCAGAGAGCGACUGGACCGUCGGAUCGGUGGCCAACGGCGGCGGCGACGCCAAGAAACGCUGCAUGGGCCCACCGUCCCAGUGGGGGUAGGGUUGAGAGUUGAGAUCGAGUCAAGCGGCUUGUCACAGUUGGCCGGAAGAGUUGGGAGACUACUCUUGCCCUGCUCCUUUUUCAUUUUUUUCACUUCUUUUGCAAUUCUUUUUUUUCCUACUUUAAUCCUAUCGAGGUAAAGUGGUUGUUAUGGAGAGAGUGGUGGUGGUCGGUAUCAUUUAGCUGUCUAUUUUUGGGAGCCUAGUCAUGGUAAUUUUUGCGGCAGUGCUCUAGAAGGUGAGAUUGGUGGAUGAACAUAUUAGGAUGAGAGGGAGGAAAUGAUGUGAAAUUGCAGAAAAUAAAACCAAAAAAAUGUUGCUUGUCACCCCUCUUUUGCCUGUUCUAUGUGUGCUUUCUAUAAUUUUUUUCAUGAGGGUAGAGAUUUUGUCAUGAUUGUUCUACUUUGUCAUAUUAUAUUAUUUUUAUC